UGUGGGAAGUAGAAUGGAGCAAGAAACAGCAGUUCUGACCAGGAAGAGAAAUGAAGAACACUGAUCGGUCCACAGGGUCUCUCGUCUUUGUUGGAAAGCCGAAAACAAGACAAAAGACAAAACAUACGUCAAACAGACAGGCCAUACGUGAGCCAUGACGACGCAGUACAUUGUUCCAUCCCACACCAUACCAGACCACGGUUUUUCCAAAGUUUCAUAACUGAUAUGUAUUUGUUCGAAAAAAAAACACGCAUCACUUUCUGAGAAUUUCUUUUUGUCUUCUAUAUCUGAACCUUCUUCUUUCUUUUUUAGGUUCUUUGUAAUUGAUGGCACUCACCAUUCUGGGGUGUGUGCAGAAAGCUUUUUUUUUUUUUAAUUUCAAAUUUUACUAAAUGUGUUGUUGGAUGAUUCUGGAAAUUUGAUAAAUUGAUGAGUUAUCUUGUAACACAGACCAGUCUUAUUUACCUUGUAUGCCAGUGAAGAAGCUGAGAAGUAAAUAGGAAAGCAAAGCUAAUGGAGGACUUGUGGAUGGUGUUUUGUGGGGGAUCCGGCAAUUUGAAUAUUGGUGAAAAGCCAUCUAGUUCUAGUCUGGUGUUUCAACCAACUUCAUGUAUCAAUCGCGCGUUGAUUAUUGGUUUCGAUGUUUUGCUUCUAAUCAUGCUCUUAUUCACUUUCAUACUAAAAUCUUCUUCAUCGCCAAAAAUAGAUAAAAUCCCACCUCGACUUCGAGGCUAUUCAAGGCUACAGAUAGUUUCUGCUAUAUUCAAUGGUUGUAUUGGAUUUGUGUACUUGUGCUCGGGCAUAUGGAUUUUAGAAGAGAAGCUGAGGAAAAAACAAACCGCCUUUCCUUUGAAAAGUUGGCUUGUGGUGUUGUUUCAGGGGUUUACAUGGCUUUUAGUGGGUUUAAACAUAAGCCUUCGGGGGAAGCAUCUUCAAAGAAUGCGGUUGCGGCUACUGUCCAUCCUUGCCUUGUUUGCUGUAAUUGUCUGUGCUUUAUCCAUAUACAGUGUCAUUUUAGGAAAAGGAAUAUUGGUUGAGAUAGCUUUGGAUGUCCUGUCCUUUCCAGGAGCAAUAUUGUUAUUGUUAUGUGUUUGCAAGGUACAUAAUCACGAAGGGAGUGAUGAAAGGGAUCUAUAUGCACCAUUAAAUGGCGAGGCCAAUGGUGCAAUUAAAACAGAUUCUGCUGUCCAAGUUACUCCGUUUGCUGAAGCCGGACUCUUUAAUAAAAUUUCAUUUUGGUGGUUGAAUCCGUUGAUGAGAAAGGGCGGGGAGAAAACUCUGGAGGAUGAGGAUAUACCAAAGUUGCGAGAGGUAGACCGAGCAGAAAGCUGUUAUAUGGAGUUUUUGAAGCAACUGAACAAACAAAACCAAGCUGAAUCAUCUCAACCAUCUCUCUUGUGGACAAUUAUAUUGUGCCACUGGAAAGAAAUUCUAAUUUCUGGGUUCUUUGCUUUGCUAAAGAUACUUACUUUAUCAGCUGGGCCUCUACUUCUCAAUGCCUUCAUUUUGGUUGCUGAAGGGAAAGCAGGUUUUAAGUAUGAAGGUUAUGUACUGGCCUUGACGCUCGUCUUGUCAAAGAACUUAGAGUCCUUAUCACAAAGGCAAUGCUAUUUCAGGAGCAGGCUUAUAGGUUUGAGAGUAAGGGCCUUGCUCACUGCUGCAAUAUAUAAGAAGAACCUGAGGUUAUCCAAUCUUGGCAGGUUGAUGCACUCGGGUGGGGAAAUAAUGACCUAUGUUACUGUAGAUGCUUACAGGAUAGGUGAGUUUCCCUUCUGGUUUCAUCAGACAUGGACAACAAGCUUGCAGAUCUGCGUUUCUCUUUUAAUUCUUUACCGUGCAGUGGGGCUUGCAACAUUUGCUGCCUUGGUAGUUAUAAUAAUCACUGUGUUGUGCAACACUCCAAUAGCAAAGUUACAACAUAAGUUUCAGUCUAAGCUUAUGGCGGCACAAGAUGAGAGAUUGAAGGCUUGCAAUGAGGCUCUGGUUAACAUGAAGGUAUUGAAAUUAUAUGCUUGGGAAACCCAUUUUAAGAAUGCCAUAGAAAAUCUGAGAGCGGUGGAGUAUAAAUGGUUGUCAGCAGUGCAAUUGCGCAAAGCCUAUAAUAGUUUUCUCUUAUGGUCUUCUCCUGUAGUGAUCUCUGCUGCUACCUUCGGGGCAUGCUAUUUCCUGAAAAUACCUCUGCAUGCUAACAAUGUUUUCACCUUUAUCGCGGCUUUGCGUCUUGUUCAAGACCCAAUUAGAUCAAUCUCUGAUGUUAUUGGAGUGGUCGUUCAAGCAAAGGUUGCUUUUGCACGUAUUGUGACAUUUCUCGAGGCACCAGAGUUGCAGAGUGGAAAUACUCGGCAAAAGUGUGACAAAGGGACUGUGAAAGGUUCUGUUUUAAUCAAGUCAGCUGAUUUUUCAUGGGAAGGGAAUCCAUCAAAGCCCACACUGAGAAAUGUGAGUUUAGAGAUGAGGCAUGGUGAAAAGGUGGUCGUAUGUGGAGAAGUUGGCUCAGGCAAGUCAACCCUUCUGGCAGCAAUUCUAGGAGAAGUUCCACUUACACAGGGAACGAUUCAAGUAUAUGGGAGGGUUGCCUAUGUGUCGCAAACAGCUUGGAUCCAGACAGGAACCAUACAAGAGAACAUUUUAUUCGGGUCUGAAAUGGAUGGACAACUAUACCAAGACACACUUGAGCGCUGCUCCUUGGUAAAGGACCUUGAGUUGCUUCCUUAUGGUGAUCUUACUGAAAUAGGUGAAAGAGGAGUCAAUUUGAGUGGUGGUCAAAAGCAGAGAAUUCAACUUGCCCGUGCUCUCUAUCAGAAUGCAGAUAUAUAUCUGUUGGAUGAUCCUUUCAGUGCUGUGGAUGCACACACUGCAACAAGCUUAUUUAAUGAAUAUAUCAUGGGAGCACUUUCAGGGAAAACAGUCUUGCUUGUGACGCAUCAAGUUGAUUUCUUGCCAGCUUUCGACUCUGUUAUGUUGAUGUCUGUUGGAGAAAUACUACAAGCAGCUCCUUAUCAUCAGCUAUUGUCCUCAAGCCAAGAAUUUCUGGGCCUUGUCAAUGCACACAAAGAAACAGCCGGUUCCGAAAGGCUUACUGAAGGUAAUGCUCCACAAAGAGAAGGAUCACCUCCCUGGGAGAUCAAGAAGAGUCAUUUAGAGAAGCAGCAUAGAACGUCUCAAGGAGAUCAACUGAUUAAGCAGGAAGAAAAAGAAGUUGGAGACACAGGGUUUAAGCCUUAUAUCCAGUAUUUGAAUCAAAACAAAGGAUACUUGUACUUUCCCCUGGCAGCAUUCAGUCACCUGUUGUUUGCCAUUGGUCAGAUAUCGCAGAACUCAUGGAUGGCAACUAAUGUUGAUGAUCCUCAUGUUAGCACAUUGCGGUUAAUCACUGUCUAUCUGUGUACCGGAAUUAUUUCAAUGCUUUUCUUGCUGUGUAGAUCUAUAUCUGUAGUUGUUUUGGGUAUUCAAUCAUCGAAGUCAUUAUUUUCCCAGCUACUGAAUUCUCUUUUUCGUGCACCUAUGUCUUUCUAUGACUCCACACCUCUUGGAAGAAUACUGAGUCGGGUUGCGUCAGACCUGAGCAUUGUCGAUCUUGAUGUUCCUUUCAGUUUCAUCUUUGUUGUUGGUUCAACCACAAAUGCUUAUAGUAACCUGGGAGUACUGGCUGUUAUAACCUGGCAAGUCCUGUUUGUCUCCAUCCCAAUGGUUUAUUUGGCUAUUCGCUUACAGAGAUAUUACUUUGCCUCUGCUAAAGAGAUGAUGCGGAUCAAUGGCACAACCAAGUCUUUAGUGGCAAAUCAUUUAGCUGAAUCUGUUGCAGGAGCCAUGACAAUAAGGGCCUUCGAGGAGGAAGAACGUUUCUUUGAGAAAAACCUUAACCUCAUUGACAUAAACGCUACUCCUUUCUUUCACAGUUUUGCUGCAAAUGAGUGGUUGAUUCAACGCCUUGAAACAUUCAGUGCAUGUGUCCUUGCCUCUGCAGCACUCUGCAUGGUUUUGCUUCCUCCUGGAACUUUUAGCUCUGGAUUUAUUGGAAUGGCACUUUCCUAUGGACUUUCAUUAAAUAUUUCCAUGGUGUCUUCGAUCCAAAACCAGUGCACGUUAGCAAAUUACAUCAUUUCAGUUGAAAGGCUGAAUCAAUACAUACAUAUACCAAGUGAAGCCCCUGAGGUGAUAGAAGAUAACCGUCCUCCAUCCAAUUGGCCAGCAGUGGGUAAAGUGGAUAUUUGUGAUUUGCAGAUCCGAUAUAGAACUGACGCGCCGCUAGUUCUUCGAGGAAUCAGUUGCACGUUUGAAGGAGGACACAAGAUUGGUAUUGUUGGUCGAACCGGCAGCGGGAAGACAACUCUUAUUGGUGCUCUAUAUCGACUGGUGGAACCAGCUGGAGGAAAAAUCGUUGUAGAUGGCAUUGACAUCUCUAAGAUCGGACUUCAUGAUCUGAGAUCACGAUUCGGAAUAAUACCUCAAGAUCCUACUCUCUUUAAUGGGACUGUGAGAUACAAUUUGGACCCAUUAUCACAACAUACUGACCAGGAAUUAUGGGAGGUUCUGGGAAAGUGUCAGCUUCAAGAGGCUGUUCAGGAGAAGGACCAGGGUUUAGAUUCUUUAGUUGUGGAAGACGGAUCAAAUUGGAGCAUGGGGCAGAGACAACUAUUUUGCUUGGGCCGUGCCCUUUUGAGGAGAAGUAGGAUAUUGGUGCUUGAUGAAGCAACUGCAUCAAUUGAUAAUGCAACCGACUUGAUUUUGCAGAAGACUAUUCGGACAGAAUUUUCGGAUUGCACUGUGAUCAUAGUAGCUCACAGGAUACCAACCGUGAUGGAUUGCACAAUGGUGCUUGCCAUCAGCGAUGGAAACCUAGUCGAGUACGAUGAGCCAACGAAGUUAAUGAAGAAGGAAGGCUCAGUAUUUCGUCAGCUUGUGAAGGAGUACUGGUCUCAUUUACACGCAGCAGAAUCACAUUGAAGCUGACGAUUAUUUCUCAUGUAUCCCACUUCACAAUUCGCACUGGCAUGGCAGCAAAAAGAAGGAUAUUCCGGGGCCGGGAAUGAAGUAGGAUCUAUAGUAUUGUAACAACACUGCUCUACACCUGUUUUCAAACAUCAAGCUUGCUAAUUUCUACGGGGCAAUUGAAUAUAAUUGGCCAUUUUCCACGAGUGUCAAGAGCUUCAUUCUUCUUAUUCCUCGGAGGUGAAAAUUGAAGAAUAUUUAUAUGGAGAGAGAGUCCACACAAACUUUAAUCUUUCCUCUGCAUCCACCAUCAUGAGCAUGAAUUCUUUCAUGCAUGCAUGUCGGUGAAUGCUAACUAUUUUUAUAGUUAUAGUCACGAUGCAAGUGCUCGUGUUAUAUUCCACUU